AAGAAAACCAUCCAUGAAAUUGAACAGAGGGAUGAAAUGAUGAAAAAUGGGAGGAAAUACGGAGCCCCUACGUGAUACAGACGAUUAAGCAACCUACUCUUCAUUUUGCCUCAGAGUUCCCCUCAUGGCCCAGUUCUGACAAACACAGGGAAAGGGAUUUGUGUGAAAUGGAUUUCCCAGACAGGAAUUUUGGUGCUAGUUUGACCACAGAAAAAUCCAGCAUAUUCCACAUUUCCGCUGACAUUUAGUAUUGCCAGCCUUUAAUUUCACCCAUUUUGGACUUCUAAUAGACAGUAGAGGUUACUGAAUAAAAAUUACUGACAAAGGCCAUUCUGAUCUUGUUCCAGAGCUCAAAAGAAGAAACAUUCACUCUUUUACCAAAGCCAAUCCUAGGCUGCUGAGCCCACACCCCUGGAACAAGGGUAGCGGUUAGUGCUGCCUGGAAACCAUUACCGUUCCAGCUUCAUAACAGAAGGGCCUUGUCUAUGAGCUUUGGAGAUGGAGAGCGAAGGGAUUGAGAAUAGGGAUGGGAUGGAGGUUGUCGAGCAGAAGGUCAAGAGACCAGGUGUAGUAACGAAGAAAAUGCUAGUCAUGUCAAGUAUGCUAUGUGGAGGCAUCGCUUUUCUUCUUUGGGCAAUGUUAGGAUUUCCUAGAAAAUUUAAAAAUCCAAGGAUAUUUAAAGACAAUACAUGCUCUGAAGAUGAAACUAUAUGUCCACAAGGCUGGAGCCAAAUCAAUAAUAAUUGCUUCUUUCAAUCUGAACAUGAAAAAACUUGGAUAGAUGGCCAAGCAAACUGCAUAGCCUAUCGUGGAUCUCUCGCCAUAUUCAACUCCAAGAAUGAAGUGGAAUCUUUGAUGCCCUAUCUGGAACCUUCUUCAUAUUGGAUUGGACUAAAGAAGCCAAAUGCAAGCGCACCCUGGGUGUGGGCAAAUGGAGAUGCAUUCGACAAUUGGUUUAAUAUUGAAGGAAGUGGAACGUGUGCCUUCAUGUUUAAGAAUGGCAUAAGCAGUGCCAGUUGCAAUGACGCAAUAAAAUAUGUAUGCAGCAGAGAAUCCUUUUGUCCUUAGACAAAGGGUCCUUCAUAAUAAAGUAAAUAAAAUAAUUAAAGAAAGACUAUCCUUUUAUGUGUUAUAAAUUCAUAUGAAUACAUUUUCCUUCCCAUCAAACAUAUGCUUUAAGUUGCUUGAUAAAAUUUUAAAUGACUUCUAUCUUCAUUUAAAUAACUUAUCUAAGAAGUCAAGAAACUAAACUGAAUUUUUACAUGAUGUCGCUUCGCCACAUAAAUUGGUGUGUCUAAGCCUGGGGGUAUAACAGUGGUCUUGUUCACAACUGAUUCAACAACAUGCCUCAGCGGAACAGACUGGAGGGUAAAGAGGAAGGAGUGAAAGAUUCCUCUGUCGGAAAUUCAAUUUAAUUUGCCUACAAGAGAUGAGAGAUGAAGCAUGAAGUGAGCACUGCGUGUUCCACUCAGCCUCCAGUGGUAUGUAGCCCAUUGAGAAUUUGGAAAGAAGGCCAUGGGACAAGUACUCAGAUUAAUUAGGAUUUUUUACUUUGUAUUACCGUCAAAGACCAAAUCCCCUGAAAAUACAUUUAUACAAUCUUUCACAGUUUCCUAGAUCUUUAUUCAAGCUACUAAGGUGAAGAAUUACAUUACAUGGAUUUGUUGUUGCUGAAAUC